AAAAGAACACCCAAAUUAAUAUUGUGAUUAAUCAAGUACACUGAACUGAACAGAGUAAACAAAGCUGUUCAGGAACAGCAAUUUCAUGCUCUGAGAUUCUGCUGCCACUGAUUUAAAAAAAAUAAAUUAAAAUUAAAUAAAUCAUACACUAUUUCUCCACAACCCCACUUCCAUUAUUGGCUCAUAUGUGCUUGUGGGAAUGUUUAAUUUGUUGAUAAUGGAAGAAAACAGCUGAGAUUCUUGAAGUUUCUUGAUUUUUUUUGGAGAAAAAAGAGGAGAUGGGUAGAGCGAUCUCAGUUUUAUUGCAGCCUCGAUGGAUUCUGAUCUUUCUUGGGGUUUUACUUGUUAUCUUUCUUGCAUCUUCCAUCUUCCAAAAGGAACAUGAAAUGGUGGACGAGGUGUAUGAAGUUACCCACAGAGUAUUCUUGGAUGUGGAUAUAGAUAAACAACGUGCAGGAAGAAUUGUGAUAGGAUUAUAUGGGCAAGUUGUACCAAAAACUGUUGAGAAUUUCAGGGCGUUGUGCACAGGGGAAAUGGGCAAGACUGCUGAUGGAAUAUCUCUUCACUACAAGGGAAAGCCAUUUCAUCGUAUAAUACCUGGAUUCAUGAUUCAAGGUGGAGAUAUUGUGUCGGCUGAUGGAAGGGGAAACAUUUCCAUUUAUGGUGGUCCCUUUCCUGAUGAGAAUCUCAAGAUAAAGCAUUCUCAUGCAGGUGUUAUAUCCAUGGUGAACUCAGGACCCAACUCCAAUGGCUGUCAGUUCUUUAUACCGACAGUAAAGGCAAGCUGGUUGGACGGGGAGCAUGUGGUGUUUGGCAAGGUUAUUGAAGGUAUGGACACAGUAUAUGCAAUUGAGGGCGGAGCAGGAACUUACAGUGGAAAACCUAGGAAAAAGGUGCUUAUUGCAGAUUCCGGGGAAAUACCUAAGAGCAAGUGGGAUGAGGACAACCAGAGUUCAGCUUCAUAAAUAUCGUCAAAGUUUUGAAGUUACUAACCAGCCCUAUAUACAUUCGACACACGUACUAUUCUCGUGUAUUACAAGCUUAAUUUAUGUGGUGCUAAUUAUGAAGUCCUAUAUUUGAUUCAUUAACCUUACGGAUACGAGUGUUUUUAUACUUAGAACUGGUUGUGAAUAUUUUUGGUUUUGUAGAGGAGCUGAAUUGAACCUAUACGUUUUCUUUACAUUAAAACUGGCAUGCUGGUUUUAUCCAUCAUUGCAUACUGCCAAGUUCCUUGA